UCAACCCUCAACCACACACGCUUACAGAGAGUGAACACUGAAGGUAAACGGCAGCUCCUGCUUUCUCCUGCCUCCCAUCCAGGACUCCAUGAAGCGUUUUUGGACUUUGUUCGUCCGCAGCCUGGUCGAUGCUUCCAAGGCCAGACCGUGGCUGCAGAAGAGAAUCCAGAAGAAGGAGGAAAAGACGGAACACAACAGCAACAACACAACAGGACACCAGGAUUCGGCCGGGCCGGAUAAGAUCUUCAUCCCCGUGUUUCUGAACUCCAGUGAGCAGGUUCUGACUGAGGUUCCCGUCACUGCUGAGACACGGUGUAAAGACGUGGUGGAGUUCUGCAGGGAGGCCGGAGAGAGCGGCUGCCGCCUCGUACAAGUCUGCAAAGGAAAAGAGAGAGCGAUACCUUCAGAUCACCUGAUGCUGGAGUACCUGCAGAAAUGGGGUCAGAGGAGGCAGGAGGUGAAGUUUUACCUGCAACAUGAGAACGAGCGCAGCAGCAAGGGAAGACAGACAUCAGAGCAGCUGAGCAGAAGGAUGAAGGGGAGGAUGGACAGAUUCUCUGUGAAUGGGAUGGGGACUCCGCGUGUGGAGCUGACUCUGUCUGAGCUUCAGGAGAUGGCUGUACGUCAGCAGCAGCAGAUCGAGGCUCAGCAGCAGAUGCUCUUGGCAAAGGAGCAGCGUUUGCGCUAUCUGAAGCAGCAGAAUCCUCAUCAGGGCCCGGCCACGCCCGAAUCGGAGAAACUGCAGAGGCUGAGGGAGAGAGUGGAGAGUCAGGAGGCCAAGCUGAAGAAAAUCCGUGCCAUGAGGGGGCAAGUGGACUACAGCAAGCUGAUCAACGGAAACCUGUCGGCAGAGAUCGAGCAUGUGAGCAAUCUGUUCCAGGAGAAGCAGGUGGAGCUACAGCAGGCCGUGAUGAAGGUGGAGCACCUCACACACCAGCUGGAGGAUCUGAGAAACAAACGCAUUACAGAGUCACAGCCUGCAGGGGGCAGCGCCCUGGAGCUCCACAAACUGUACCAGGAACUGCAGAUGAGGAACAAGCUGAAUCAGGAGCAGAACAGUAAACUCCAGCAGCACAAGGACCUGCUGAACAAACGCAACCUGGAGGUGAGCAUGAUGGACCGACGCAUCGAGGAGCUGAGAGAGCGCCUCUACAGGAAGAAAGCUGAGUUAGGGCGGAUGAGCACUCCUUCAUCCCCUCAGUCUGUUCCCAUCACCUCUGGUCGUGUCGCAGCCGUGUUUCCCUACAUCCAAGUUCCCACGGUGACCGGGAGGCAGGACGGAGGCUACCCUUUGACCCCUGACACACUUAAACCACACCCACUUCCUGCUCAAAUCAGCCACACUCGAUCCAGAUCAGACGACGAUAGAGUGAGGAAGCCUACGGGACCGUGGAAGGUCUCAGACCUAGACAUCGUAGUGAACCGUGAGGUGACCCUUGACCCCAGAGACCAUCCCACCUCAAACGAUGCAAAUUGGAACAUGGCCUCUCUCAAAGCCCCGGACUGGAAGGACACGAGCCAGAACCCGGGCAAAAUGGCUGCCGGUGAAAAGGGAUCUUCUAAAGUACUGGGCACAAUAACAACCUUGUCCAAACAUCCACCCCCGAUCUACGGCACGUACCCCAGCGUGGGGCAUCACUCCACCGUCUGUGCCACUAACUCUCUGCCCCGCUCAGCACCAGGCACUCUGUCCUGGCACAAAUCCUCCGGUUCCUCAUCGCAGCAGAUCCAGCAGAGGAUCACCGUCCCUCCGAGUCCUACAUCCUCGGCCGGCUCUCCCGUCUUACCCCCGAGCGAGAGAAGUAAUGACGCCCCUCUGGCUGCAGCGGUUCGCCCAUUUUAUACGGACCGGGGGUCACGACCUCAGUCUCCUCGGAAAGGUCCUGCUACCAUGAACUCCAGCUCCAUCUAUCAUGUCUACCUGCAGCAGCCAACGGCCAAAAACUACCAAAGCAGCAGCACCAGAGCUGCAGUCAAAGCAGUCUAUGGAAAGCCGUUGCUGCCAAGCUCCGUCUCCUCGUCCCCAGUUCCCUUCCAGUCCUCCAGAGACGAUUCAGAGCGUGAAUCUGAACCCGAGAUUACCCACAAUCCUCAACCCAGCGUGGAGAACAUCCCUCGGCCCCUGAGCCCCACUAAACUCACCCCGGCUCACUCUCCCCUGCGCUACCAGAGCGACAUCGACCUGGAGGUGCUGAGGAGGAAGCUCGCUAACGCUCCUCGUCCUCUUAAAAAGCGAAGCUCCAUCACCGAGCCUGAGGGUCCAAACGGUCCCAACAUCCAGAAACUUCUCUACCAACGCUUCAACACGCUCGCUGGUGGCAUGGAAACGGUUACGCCAUUCUUCCAACCAGACACCGCCCUUAAUUUAGCAGGCGAUGUUGAUUCUGUUAAUGGAAAUGUAAAGGAAGGAACUAUAAAAGCUGCUGUGGCACCAACACCAGCGCCUGUUUCAGAGCCUGCACCAUCACCAACAUCCAACACUAAUGAGAAUCAACCGGAGCAAACAGCUAAUCAUACAGAAACUCCGGAGAUUACAGACACCACGGAUCCUAAAGAAGGUCCUGAGGACAGUCAUAACAACAAUCAGUCGUCGUUAGAUGAAGACGCAGAGUCCACGCCAGCGGAGAAAGAGGACACGGAGCAGAACAUGGUGAAGAGGACGAAUCUGAAGAAGCCCGGCUCUGAGAGGACGGGUCAUGGUCUCCGAGUGAAGUUUAACCCGCUGGCGCUGCUCCUGGACGCAUCUCUGGAGGGCGAGUUUGACCUGGUGCAGAGGAUCAUAUAUGAGGUGGAGAACCCCAGCACUCCGAAUGAUGAAGGCAUCACGCCGCUCCACAACGCCGUGUGUGCUGGUCAUUAUCACAUCGUGAAGUUCCUGCUGGAUUUUGGAGUGAACAUCAAUGCAGCAGACAGCGACGGAUGGACGCCGCUGCACUGCGCCGCCUCGUGUAACAGCGUACAUUUGUGUAAGCUCCUGGUGGAGUCAGGGGCGGCCAUCUUCGCCACCACUAUCAGCGAUGUAGAGACGGCGGCGGAUAAGUGUGAGGAGAUGGAGAACGGCUACGUGCAGUGCUCGCAGUUUCUCUACGGUGUGCAGGAGAAGUUGGGGGUGAUGAAUAAGGGGACAGUUUACGCUCUGUGGGAUUACGAAGCUCAGAGUCCAGAUGAACUCUCGUUCCGUGACGGAGACGCUUUAACGGUGCUGAAGCGCAGAGACGAGAGCGAGACUGAGUGGUGGUGGGCCAGACAUAAUGAUAAGGAGGGCUACGUUCCCCGAAACCUGCUUGGGUUGUACCCGAGGAUUAAACCCCGACAGCGGUCCCUGGCGUAGCGCCCCCUGAUGGACAGGAGCCCCAGCUGGACAUUUUGCCCCAUUUUCAUCUUUUAGUGCCACCAGGAUAAGAAGAGGGCGUGGCAGCUAGAAACUGAGACUGAAGCUUGGAUUUAUUUAUCUGCCAGAAGAGAUUUGGUGAUCAGCGCUCCAUUUUCAGCCUGCAAAAUGGAUCAUAUUUGGGUCUUUUUUUUUUAAAUCCUGCACCCUUUCACCCAGAAGUCUGUGGGGUGAAAACACACCAGUUUUCCUGUUUCCUUUUGUACUGGUGUGAGUUUGUGGGACGUGAAAGUAUUGACACUCUGAGACAGCUGAGGAAGAGAGUUUUGUGUAUUUUUGUUGGACAAAGGAAAGACUCAAGGACAGAUCGUUGUCUACUGAGCAGCUGAUUCGAAGAGAGGAAGGAAGGAAAGAAGGAAGGAGAUAGAAAGUGCAGAGAGAGACACUGAAAUAAGAGUGAAGAGGAAAUAUUGGAGAGUUUGUGUGUGCGGUCAUGGCGGUAUGAGAGAUGAGAAAUAGUACGUUAAAUAAGCGAUGGUGGCAGUAAAGUCGUGAAAAAUGGUAAAAGUCUGUGUUUUCCAUCCAGGAGGAAAAAUAAAAGCUGUACACACCUGCAUUUAUACGUUAAAGCCAAAUGUACACGAACAGCCGAGUCGUGUCUGGUGUGUAAAAGUUUGCUUGUUUAAGUUUGCCUUGGAGCCACGAGGAUAAUGUAGCUACAGCCUAAAGUUUAGCGUAUCAUCACACGCUCGCCAUAAAAGUCAUUGCUAAGUUUCAUAAAAUAGCAGAAAGCAGAGUCCUUUACAGAAUGUCUGAAGCUAAACUGGUGGCCUUGUAGCUGAAGUGAAAAACUAACGAAGCAAACCCCAGACUCCGACUGCGUCUCAGCCGAUUGUUUACAUUUGGUGUUAAUAAAAUGUAAUUUAGCCUGAAUUGUUUUAUAUGUCGUACUGAUCUCCUCCUUGUUUUUAAAAGCUCUUUAUAACACAGACAAGAUGAAAUGCUUUAAGGGUUCUGGUGUAUGGGUGAUGUACCUGGGAGCAAAUAAUAAUAAUGAUCAGAGAUCAUAAUAAUGCAGAGUAACAGGCCUGAAUCUGAAUCUGAAUCUGCGACAUCAUUCAUGCCACAUGCCAUGUAAAUGUGCACAGUAAAGACGUUCUCACAUUGGGAUCCAUCAGAA